GUUUGGUAAGAUUAUUUUAUUCGCGACAACUGGCGACAACUGUAGAUCAUCAUAAAUAUGUGGUGUCAAACUAACCAUGCUGAGAUAUUUUAACCGCCGUAAGAAUUAGGAUAUAUAAUCAAAAAAUGGUCUCGAUUAUCAAAAAUCAGUUGCUGAAACACUUGUCAAGGUUCACCAAGAAUUUAUCCGCUGAUAAGAUAAAUUUAAGCACAUUUAAGGGUGAAGGAGAACUGACAAACUUAGAACUUGAUGAAAUAGUCCUCACAGAUUUAUUAGAGCUGCCAUCAUGGUUAAGACUAACUAAUGCUUGGUGUAAUAAAGUUUCAUUUCGCAUUCAAUGGACCAAACUAAAAAGCGUUCCUAUCUUUUUGAGUUUGGAUGAAGUUCAUAUAGAUGUAGAAACAUGCGAGGAUUUGAGAAGCAUGUUUUCCCCUCAGGGUAUGUCAUCAUAUGCAGGUCCUACAAAAUAUUCUUUUAUACAUAAAGUAAUUGAUGGAAUAACAGUAGCUGUUAAUACUGUACUGGUUACAUUUAAAAGUCCUGCAUUUAUUGCUUCAGUCCAGAUGAAUCGGAUUAUGGUAGAAUCAAAAUCAGCAACAUGGCAACGUUGUGACCUCAGAACCACUAGAGUGAAGGAUCCUGAUCGAGGGCAAUUACUUAUCUUUAAAGAGUUAGAAUGGCAAACUGUUAGAAUAGAAGCCCAAAGUACUAAGGAUAAAAAUUUGACACCACUUCGUUUACUAACAAAUCAAGCAAGAUGUCGAAUAACAAUAAAGAAGAGGAUAUCAGAUUGUUUUGUUAUGGGCUCCAGACUAGUAAUUAUUCUGGAUGAUCUUUUGUGGGUGUUAACAGAUUCACAAUUGAAAGCUGCACUCCAUUUUCUCGAUUCUUUGGGUGGUCUUAUAGAGAAGGCUACCAUUCUUGAACGAAAAACAAAAGCUGCAAGGAAAUUAGAGGUUUUGCCAGAAUAUCAGGCACAAAUAUCUCAACAAAGCAGAACAAAGAAUCAAUACAAUUCAGCGAUAUCAAAAAUAUUUACAAGAUACGAUGUUGUAGAAACAUCAUACCAUUUUCUUUCACAGCGUAUUGAUCUUCACUUAUGUGAUGAUGCUGGUGGAGGUAGAUCACUACAUCCUGAUCUGAAGGAUGGUGGUGCAUUACAAAUUUCAUUAGUUAAGUUUCAAAUUGAUUAUUAUCCAUACCAUCUGGCAAUGGCAGAUAGAAAGCAUUGGGCCAAAUAUAAAGAGAAUGCUACACCUCAUAGUCAAUGGUUGCAACAAUCGUUAAGUUCGUUUCGAAGUCAGUUCAUGGAUCUUAUAGAUUCUGGUAGAACGCAACAUUCUCCUCUAACAAGAAGCCAAGGAAAUGUAACAGCUAGUGGUAUGAAAGGCUCUGGAGAACAUUUGGAGAAAAAUAAUCAAUCGCAAAAUCCGAAUGUAACACCAUCCGAGCAGAAGAAGUCUCAGCAUCCUAGUGGUAAUCCAGUGAAAAAUUAUGUCUUGGAGCAGCUUGCUAAACUAAUGACGACGUGCAUUAUUAUUAGGAUCGACGAUUUUACAUUGUAUAAAGUGACAACAACGUCGCGUAAUCCAAUACCGAAAGAAUUUAUCACAGCUCAAGCGAGGAAGAAGCAUACACCAGGUGAUCGUGAUCGAUUCAGUCUUCCAGAAGAUGUAACAAUACUUCAUGCUGAGUUUACUUAUUAUUAUUACCCAGGGGAUAUUACUUUUCCAUUGCCACCACCAAAGUUUUAUGUACAGCUUAACCCUAUUCAAAUAAACUUUGAUGUCUGUUCAUGCCUUUGGUUUAAUUCUUUUGCAUUGAAUCUUCAUCAUUCUCUUAUGGGAAAAAACAAGCAGCUGAGUUCUUCACGUUUAAUAUAUUUUGAUGUAAAGAUAGAGGCUAUACUUCCAAGAAUAGUUUUUGAAAGUCAGCAGGAGUAUCCAAACCAAAAGGACAGACCGAAGUCUUUGCAUAUUCAAACUUCCAGGGCAUCUAUAACGAAUGUUCGAUCUAUGGAAAGAUCUUCGAGGACAGAUUUGGCACAGUGCCUAAAUGCGUUUCAGAUGGGGCAAAUGUUCUUUGGUGCAGAAUUUCCCAGUAAAUCAGGAGACUUCCACGUAGUAACAGAUAAAUUUUUAGCGCAUUGCGGAGGCACUGAUAAUAUUAGGCAAAUACCGCCCAAUUUCAGUAGUAAUUCCGUAAAUGAAUUGCUGCGUCAGCUGAGUAGAGAACUCUUGUGGACCGAGGCGAAGGAUGUGUGGUGUUGCAAUUUCGAGCCUGUGUGGGGAGAUUUUUUUGGUGCGCGGGCCGUCGGCCAAAAUCGACCCGUGCCGUUUCUAGACGCGUUUCCUUUGACAUUGUGGUGUCAUUUUACCGCAGGUUCAUCGCCAACUGCGGAAAAGUCCUUGGGUGCCGAUAUUCAUGGAUUGGCGUACAUAAGCAAUCUGGUUAGCGUACAGAUAAAUCAUUAUCAAUACUUGUUCUUACUCAGAUUGUCGGAGAUACUUUCCGAAAUGGCUACAUAUCUGGCCGUAGACUCGAAUAAGAUUUUGAAAAUCGAGAGCGGUGGAUCGUUGAUUAUAGGCGCGUUGAUACCACAAGUGGAGGUGACGUUUGUGAUGCCAUCGCAUACACCCGGUAAGGAGAAUUCCGGCGGCGAUUUAGAAUCCGUUGUGCCUGACUCGUCCAGCAUAGCGGACGAUCUCAUCGGCUCGUCCACGGCCUGGCACAUGGGUAAUGUGAGCGCGCGUGUCGAUUUUAGCGCCAAGAGAAUGAACACGAGCAACGACGUGGAGACGCCUCAGAGCGAGGCGUCGUCGAUGUUGUCAAUGGAUUAUUCGCAUCCUGUUCCAACAUCACAACCAGUCGUCACUUUUAAGCAAAACGGCACGAAAAAAGGCGAUCAGGAGAAUCCGGCUAAUCCUGCGAUGUGGUGCAUUCCCGAGAGUAGCGGAUCACAAUCUACGGUUGGCGGUACGAGUGACGAAAAGAAACAUGCGGUUGAAGCUACGCAUAAUAAACACAGCAAGUCGGAUUCGAUCUCGAACACGCCCUUCAUUCCGAAUAAUUUCAACGUCAAUCUCUCGUCUAUGAAAAAAGGAUUCAGCAACUUAAUGACAUCAAUUGACUCGGCUUUGAAGGCUUCCCCGGAAGACGGUAGUAGCGAUACGAUGUCCAUGAGAAGUGACGUUAGCUCGGAUAGCGAGAAUUAUGUUUUGGUGAACCUUCAGGAUCAAGGAAAGAUCGACGCGGUAUUCGGCAUCGAUAGCACGAUUAGGAUUACAGCAGUAGAAGAAGCAACUGAAGUGAUAGAAGAAACGCCUGACACGCAAAGUGAAAAAUCUAUGGACAGUGUAUGCAAAAGAAAAGAUAUAGUUUCCAUGGUAACAUUUAAACUAUCAAAAGUCGAAUUUUUACAACAGUCCUGCGGUUAUUCAUCUGUCAUUAAAGUUCAAGUUUCUAACAUCGACAAUGAUGAGUGUUCGUCUAUACCCUGGGAUGAAUUUCAGACCAAGUUCAGUUCGCGAUCUCGAGGCUGGGUAGAAUUACCAUCUGAUUCAGACUGCAGAUCGCGCAUUAAAUUACGUUUGAAUCAUAAUUUAAAAGAUGCGGACGAUUCUCACAGACUUUGGAAUGCCAGCCAGAAGAUUACUAACGACAGUGAUAGGCAAGCACAUCAAGAUCGCGUUAAAUUGCCCGAACAGGACACAUCCCGUACAUCUGGCAUCGACGUGCAUGACAAAGAGAGCAUUAUGAAUUUAUUCGAGGACAAAUUAGACAUGAAAGUCGCUAACAUAGCGAUGGCGUUAUCGAUGAGCUCGGUGACGGGUCUAGCGGAUUUGGCAGAGGACGAAAUUAUACCUAAACCGAUUCCCAUGCAGAUAUUCUUGGAAAAUAUAUCGUUACGUUUGAAUGAAGAUCGUCCGCCAAAUAACAUAACUUCCCCGGGUCCGAUUCCGAUAGAUUUGAAUAUUUCCAAACUUAGAAUAGCGCGGGACAUGAGCGGUGCGUUUCACAUCGAACCAGUCGUAACUACGAUGGAGGAGAACCGUUCAAAUAUGAUGUUAUCGAGUAAUAACAGUCACACGCUUAAGAAUAUAGAGUGUGAGAGGGAAUUGAAUGUUCUGAGACAAUCUAGUAGACAACUGAAAUUGGAUAACGAGGAAUUGAGACGUCGUAUGGGAGCUCUGGAAAGAUUAUCGGAAGAAAACGCGAUAUUAAUGCGCGCGAAAGAGGAAUCGGACAUAAUAAGAUCUCGUUUGAGUGUUGCAGAAGACAAUAUCGCGAGUCUUCUGGAAGAAAAGAAAAUCUUACAUGAAACUAUUACUGAGCUGCGUAAUCAAAAACUGGAGGGUUCUGGAGGUAGUAAUAGAGCUUCGUGGUCUAUUAAGAGAUAGCAUACCAGUUGUUUUGAUUGCUCCAAAUGUUGCAGCUCUACCAAGUCUUAAUCACUUGCACUUUCUAUAUUCUGCAAUAUAUUUAUGCAGAUAUUUUUGUUGAUGAACUUAGGAUAAUCUUAUGUAAAACAAAAAAUUUUACAUUUCUUUAUAAAUAAAAAGAUUUAUAUUUAUGAGGUUUCAACUUUACAUAUAGAUUAACAAGAAUUAGAGUGAUUUUAAUUUUUCUGAAAACGCUAUGACUGUCUAUAACUGUUUUCAGAAAUACGUUAUUCUUGUCUACCGUAAUUACGCUAGUAACUGCCGUUUAGCUCCUUUGCUUAAACUUUAAAACACAGUGAUAAGAAUCGUAUAGAUGCGCAUGUGACGCAUAUACGAACUUAAAUGGAAAAUAUAAAUUUUCUUAUCAUGAUUGUAACAAGGCGAUAAUAAAUUGUAAUAUUAAUAUGUUUUUGUUUGACUGUUAAAUUAGUAAUUCAUGUAUGGUAUGAAUUUUUGAUAAAUCGCCUGCGUGUCUGUUAUUUAUGGAUAGCACAGCUGAAAAUUGCAUAUGACUGCAUAUAUAUAUAUAUUAUAUUAUACAUAUAAAUUUUAUUAUGUAUUUAUGUGUGCUUAUAUGUGAGAUAUACAUAUCCUUCUGAGAGCAAAGUAAUAAUUUUAAAGUAACAAAGAUCUAAGUAAAUGAGGAAAAUGAUUUGUUUAUAAAUCCAGAUUGAAACUAGAUUGAUAAAGAAAUCUGCUAGACAUCUCUUUAUGUUUUCCAAUAUAAUAAUUGAAACCGAUUUGUACAAUUUACCUUUUGUAGUAUACUUGUGCACCAUAUUUGUGUUAGAAUUUCAAAAGGAUAUGUAUGUAUAUGUACAUAUAGUGAGAAAGCAAAGUGCGCUAGUCAGUAUAUCGCAAUUAUGUAUUCAUUGAUUAAUUUUACGAUCUGUUAUAUUUUGACAUUCUUAUGAUGUUAUAUAAAUGGGAAUUGUAAGAAUGUAUUGUGAAACAUAAUGAUUUAAAACAGAUGAUUGUAAUUUAGUAAUAUAUACUAGUUGAGCCUACAGAUAGACUUUAAAUGAGAAUUGUGACCUGGUAUCGCAUUAUAUCAUAUACAUAAUUUUGUAUUGACUAAUUUAACAAUUUUCAUCAAAUGAUGAAAAUUACAAGUAAUAAUGAUAAAGAUGAUGUAUGAAGCGUUCCAAUAAGACUGUGUAAAAUUCGGAAAUGUUGGUCUAUAGUCCGUAAUAGUCGCAUUAGGGUUCUUGAGGUAAUUUGUAUAAACAUUAGAAACGAUGAAUUAACUUGAUAAAUUUUUAAUGAAAAGGAAUUGUGAAAUAUGACGAAUUGCAAAGUAUAUUUAACAUGUUUUUAGUUCACAAUUGGUUCAAUUGAUAGUUUUUUCAGAAUUUGAUUUUAAUAGAUUUAGUUUCAACGGGUUGCUGGUCAAUCUUACAUAAAUGAAAAGUAUUUUUUGAUGAUUACGAGAAUAUAUACAAUUGAAAUUUGUUUCAUAAUGUAGACUUCUGUGCUCUUACUAACAUCUGUAAUAUAGAUAUGAACUUCCAUUAUUUAGAUGCAACUUCGAACAAUGCGUUUUCUCGACAAAUAUUUUCUAAUAAAUACAACCUAAUAGAAAUAUCGCGAUCGUACAAGGUAUGGUGUGUUUACAUGAUAAUACAAUUAUUUGAAAUGAUAAAACACAAUCAUCUAAUAUAUGACUAGUAAACGCAAUGUUUGAAGAUAGCAUGACAUAAGUAAGUUUUAGAAGAAGAUAAAAAGUGAAAGAGUUGCAGUUUUUGUUAGUUUCAGAUACAGAUAAGCUUUUUAUAAUGCACAUAUCAUACUUAUAAUGAAGGUUUUGCUUAUAUAACACAUUUAUAUAGUUCGAUAAUAUUUUGCAAAAACAUAAUUUUUAUUGCAAUUUAAUUAUAUCAAUGUCUCUCUUGUUUUUCAAGUCUGAUUUAAAUCAACUUCCUAAGGUUUGCUUAUAUAGUUCCUUUCCUGGAAAGCUAAUAUUUAUACCAAAUGCUUUUGUGUAUUAGAGAAUGAAAGUAAAAUUAUCUCCCUUUAAUCUUUAGAUUCAGUUUUUUUUUAAAUAAAUAUAUUUCUAAUAUAAUGGGAGUGUAUAUAUAUUUCAUAUAUUAUAUUUUUUAUAUAUAUUAUAUAAUAUUGAUGUAUAUUUUAAAUAUAAGUAAGGGAUUGCUUUUCUCUUCCAUCUUCUUACACAGCCACAUAUAAAAGUUUUAAUAAUAAAUACCAAAUAUGUAUAGCCAAUAAUAAGAAGAUUUGC